UGUCUUCCUGGGCUGGGAGGUUGCAACAAGUUAAGCUGAAGACUGAAGCGAGGAGCUGGGUCAGGUAAAGGAGUCCUUGCCGGGAAGGGGCGUUACAGACUCCCACUUUAUCCCCAGAUAACAAAAGAGGGCAAAGCUGUAUAAAAGGAGUGGGCAGCCCCGGCGUCCACAUACUGCCCAACACAGGACCGAAGGGCGGGGAAGGAGGGAGACAGAUGAUUCCGAAGCAGGAACUCAGGUGGCCACUCUAGCUGCACUGGACCUCCACAACUAUGGCCUCCUGCCCAGACUCAGAUAAUAGCUGGGUGCUCGCUGGUUCUGAGUUCUCAUCUCCCUCUGGCCAGAAUCUGCCUGUGGAGACUCUGGGCCCAGAACCCAGGAUGGACCCAGAAUCUGAGGGAGCCUCCCAGGCCCUUCGGGACUCCUCCAAGGCAGAUGGCAAAGAAUUAGCUGGGACCUUGGAUGGAGAAGAGAAGCUUUUCCAGACGGAAAGUUCCCAGAGAGAAACUGCUGUUCUGACAGAGUCUGCGGCCAAGGGCACUCUGGGAGCCGAUGGUCAUGGGACGGAGGCCCCUGGAGACACAGUGGUCCAGGAAGAUUCGCAGGAGACUCCUGUGGCGACGAGCCUCGGACCAGACACACAGGACCUGGAGAGUGAGAUCCAUCCACAGAACUUACCCUCCAGUCCCAGAGCAGUUUGGAAAGAGCAUCGCUGCUCCAGCAGUGACGACGACACUGAUGUAGAUGUGGAGGGUCUGCGGAGACGGAGGGGCCGGGAGCCCAGCUCAUCCCAGCCCGUGGUACCCGUAGAUGUGGAGGACCAGGCCAAGGGCGAGGGUAUAGGUGGAGAGCUGGGCAUCUCCCUCAACAUGUGUUUCCUGGGGGCCCUGGUUCUUCUGGGCCUGGGGAUCCUCCUGUUCUCUGGUACACUGCUGGAGCCCGAGACUGGGCCCAUGGAGGAAGCCGAGUUGCAGGUCUUUCCAGAAACCGGGCCGGAGACUGAACUGGUAGAGACUCUGGGGAACAGGCAGGAUGAGAUAGAGCACCUGCAGGCUUCAAGUGUCCCACCAGACAGUGUCCCCAGCCUGCAGAGCAUGGGGUUUCUGCUGGACAAGCUGGCCAAGGAGAACCAGGAUAUCCGGCUGCUGCAGGCUCAGCUACAGGCUCAGAAAGAAGAACUUCAGAGCCUGUUGCACCAGCCCAAAGGGCUGGAGGAGGAGAAUGCCCGGCUCCGGGAAGCCCUGCAGCAGGGCAAGACCUCCCACCAGGCCCUAGAAUCAGAACUGCAGCAGCUAAGGGCCCGACUCCAAGGGCUAGAGGCUAACUGUGUCCGGGGUGUAGAUGGGGUGUGUCUCAACUGGGGUGGAGAUCCACAGGAUGGCAAGGCCACUAAAGAACAAGGCCACAAGGGGCAGGAGCCAGACCCCAGCUUAUUGGAGCAGCAUAAGCAGCUUGAGGCGGAGGCCAAGGCCCUAAGGCAGGAGCUGCAGAGACAGUGGCAGCUGCUGGGGUCUGUGCACUGGGACCUGCAGAGGGGCUUGCGGGAUGCUGGCCGGGGAGCCCCAGCUCACCCUGGCCUGGCUGAACUCGGUCACAUGUUGGCCCAGACACUGCAGGACCUCGAGAAUCAGGGUAUCAACACUGGCAGGUCCCCCAAUGACUCGGAGGCCUGGCACCAGAAGAAGCCUCACACCCAGAGUCCCAGGGAGUGGGGUGGGAAGGAGAAGUGGCGCGGUGGGCAGAGGGAUCAGAAGGCUGAGCACUGGAAGCCGAGGAAGGAGGAGUCUGGCCAGGAGAGGCAAAGGAGCUGGAGGGAUGAGGGCCGGGAGCACACUGGGCGCUGGAGGGAGGACAGACUGCGGGCGGACGAAUCUGGGAGCAGAAAGGACAGCAAGCGACAGGACCCCAAGGUACACCCUAGGAAAGAUGGGAACUCCCAUUCUGUAGAAAGGCAGAAGCAUUCUUGGGGGAAAGACAACAGCCCUGACGCCCUGUCCUCCUGGGAGGAGCUGCUGAGGCGCAAGUACCGACCCCCUCAGGGCUGUUCAGGUGUGGCCGACUGUGCCCGGCAGGAGGGCCUGGCCCUCUUUGGUGUGGAGCUGGCCCCUGUGCGGCAGCAGGAGCUGGCCUCUGUGCUGAGAGAAUACUUGUCUCGGCUGCCCUGGGCCGGGCAGCUGACCAAACAGCUGCCCCUCUCACCUGCUUACUUUGGAGAAGAUGGCAUCUUCAGGCAUGACCGGCUUCGCUUCAGAGAUUUUGUGGAUGCCUUGGAGGACAGCCUGGAGGAGGUGGCACUGAAACAGACAGGCGACGAUGAUGAAGUGGAUGACUUUGAGGACUUUGUCUUCGGCCACUUCUUUGGGGACAAGGCCCUGAAGAAGAGGUCACGAAAGAAGGAGAAGCACUCCUGGAACCCCAGAGUUGUGGGGCCCAGGGAAGAGCACAGCCGCCAUCCGCACCACUACCACCAAGGCUGAGCCCUGUCCUGCUGCAACAGCCGGCCUUGGCAUGCACCCAGCUCAAGAUGCCUGGAGUUAUGUGACCCUAGCAGCUAUGCUCCCACUGUCCAGCGGGCCCCUCCUGGCUCGUUGGUGCCCUUGAAUGACCUUCACAGAAGAGAGCAACGCACUUGGCCCUGCACUGGUACCACUUUUGCUAAAAAAAAAAAAAAAAAAGAAGAAGAAGAAAAAAAAAAAGGCCAUAGUUGGCGCUGCUGAACUGUCUAAGCAGACAUAUGCAAAGAUAAAGGCCCUGGGUACUAAGUGACAUGUAGGGGCCUGCUGGGAGCCUGCUGGGGAGGACUCUUAUUCUGAAGUCAGAGAGCUGUCAUUUUUUUGUGGCUAUCCUGGGUCCACAGCAGAGCCUAUCACCCUGUGCUAGAGCUGCUGGUUAGAGACUUAGCUCCAGACUUGCCUUGGGGUUUAGCUAGCUGUGGAGACAGCUAUCCCUAAGCCUGAGGAGUCCUCACCAUGCCUCUUGCGGCUUUCACCUCCCCACCUGAGCUGUCCCACCAUGGCGGGGCUCUGUCACUUGAGGUGGUCCCUAAAUGCAAGGAACACCUUGCAGUCACCACGCUGGUGUUUAGGCACAAUCUAGGCACUGCACUCGGCCUUCCCAUCCAUUCCCCAUGUGCGCCCACCUUCCCCAAGGAGCCUAGCCUUGAGUCCAGCCACCAAUUGUCUCACAGUCCAGGUGGGGUGGCCUCAAGCCAGGUCAUUCUCCGCAGUGUGGUGUGGUGUUCUUAUCCUCAGAAAGAGAGCUGAAGGGAAUGGAGUCAGUGAAGCAAGGAAGCAGACAUUCUGUUUCUGCCACACAAGAAUCGAUCCCUUUUUUGGAGCGUGCUGUGGAGGACAGGGAACACGCUAACCUGGGUCUGCAGAGGUGAGGGAGCCACUAGGUGGCGCUCUGGCUUCACAUUUCUCUAGACUUCUCCCUCCUGCCCCUGGUCACCACCCCACACCCCAGACACCCUACCCAUUGACUAGCUCUCAAGAAUUCCCAGAAUCCCCCUGGUUAUUCUUCAGGAACGCCCCGCCCCCUCAGUUCAAACCUCUACGCCAUUGGUAGCACACUGGGCUUCUAGCUCUGGAACUCUCCCAGGGACUCUAGGGGGCAGUGACCACACAGGUCAGGUCAAUUAAGGAGGGGAUUAAGGACUGUAAGCUUACUGGGCAAUGGUGAUGCACGCCUUUAAUCCCAGCCCUUGGGAGGCAGAGGCAGGCUGAUUUCUGAGUUUGAGGCCAGCCUGAUCUACAAAGUGAGUUCCAGGAUAGCCAGGGAAACAAAACAGGACUGUAGGCUCUAGAAAGUGCUGGAAUCGAUUUUGAAUUAUUUAGCAAUGCUUUUAUGUCACUGUUAAAAGGCUUUUAAGUGCAGUGGCUUGUUUAAUUUCCGUGCUAGACAAGACAGGUAGAAAGGGUGGCUCAUUCCACAAAUGUUUAAACAGUCUGCUGUGUGGUGCUGGAGGGAUGGCUCAGCCGCUGAGGGCACAGGCUGCUCUUCCAGAAGCCCCAGGUUUGAUUCCCAGCACCCACAUGGUAGCUCACAAAUGUCUGCAACUUCAGUCUCCAGGGAUCUGAUGUUCUCUUCUGGCCCUGUAGGCACCAGGCACACACACACACGGUACACAAACAUACACGCAAAAACAAAAAAAGAUCACCCAUCACCACAUUUCUUGAAAAUAAAAGUCUAUUGUGUAUGAGAACCAGGUAGUGAGGCCCUAGGCCUGUAGACCCUUUAAUAUGCAUGGAAUCUGCAGCAGCAGGAGCUCUGGUUAGACUUAAGGCACAUUACCUUACACAGGUCAGUGUUGUAGGCUGGGGGCUCCAGGAAGGAGCCGUCUGGUUUAGAAAGACAAUUAUAUUCCCUGUCUCUCUGGACCAGUGUCCCUCAGAAGGAAGGCAGGUUUAACCCUGCUUUUGCUGCUCACUCAAGGGUCCUCAGAGAUCGAUCUGUUUAUACAGAUGUGGUGACCUUGGUGGCUGGGUGAAAGCUCAAGGCCGGAGGCAGGUAGGCUGGCAUGUUGGGGUGCUGGGUCUGGAGAUGGGGAUUCACAGGCCUGCCUUGGUUUCCUAGAUGGUGUUGGUACAGGGCUCUCUGGCCUCUGGUUUCCAUGUCAAGAGCUCAUGUUGGAUAAUAAAUUUUGGAGUCUCAGAGUU